AUGUCUACACUAGAGAGCUUGAAGAAGAUGAUUGAUAAAGCCGAGUAUAUUAAGACAGGACAAACCACUUUGCUUGGGAAAAAUGUUGCCAUGAUUUCACGGAAUUGUUCAAAAUACACGGCAUUUGAACUGGGCCAAGUCCGACCCAAGGAUGGCAGUGAAUUGAAGAAGCUUGGCAACAUCGUCAACAAGUUGAAGUUCGGUUAUGAUGAAGUCUAUCCGGUGCCUACUCCCUUCCUUCCGAAGGAUGUACUCCUCCUGAACGCUGGUACAGUCUCUUCUGAAGACGUCCAUCGUUAUCAAGAGGUCGGUUUUCUCAUUUGGGCAAUGUACAACACUCGCGUUGACUUUACCUUCUCUGUCACCAGGGUCUAUUGCUGGCUUAGACUCAGUCUAGCCCGGGGUAGGGUAGGGUUUGGCCCGUAG